AUGAGCUUGCACGGACUCGGGGUGAUUGGGGCGCAAGUGGCCGCGUCCAUCAAGAGCAACGAUGAGAAACACACAUCCACGCCGCUGAUUCACUCACCAUCAGCUUCUCUUCAGUCAACGCCCUCCAUUCACCAGCGCGGGCAGGACUUUGACCCGCACGUUGGAGCGAAGCCUUGCUCCCCAUUCUAUCGCCAUGGAUCACCCACAAUCUCCUACGAACAACUCACCUUCGAGACUAAGACUGCUAGUCACGACCGCAGCACAUUGAGAGAUAUCGAAAAUGCCGGACCAUACGUUACAACGACGCGAACUGACAGCCCGCGACGGUCGAAGCUGUGGGAAGGCGAGAAUCAGCCCCGAUCAUGUAUGCAAUCUUUGACCUCACGACAACGUAUGGCGUUGAAAGCGGUUGUGGCGGUGGUCACGGUGGGCACGAUGAUUGCCAUCGCUCUGGGAAUUACGGCGGCGGUCGGUGGAGCAACUUGGAGAGAUAGUGCAAAGCAGACAGCCUCUGGCGGAUGA